AUGUGCGAACCUCGUGUUAAGCGCAAAGCUCUUCUCAUCGGAAUCAGUGACGAUGGCAGCGGCCAGCCUUUGCCUGAUGGCCCGAAGAAUGAUGUGUUUCAAAUGAAGCACCUACUCCUUGACAAGUACCAGUAUGAAGACGCCGAUAUCGUGCUCAUGUGUGACAGCCAGGAGGAAACCCGACCGUACCUCGCUCCUACAAGGGAAAAUAUUUUACACGAAAUAAAAAACCUUGUGAAAGACUGUCAGCCAGGAGAUCGUUUCGUCUUUCAUUAUUCUGGUCACGCUGGCCAGCAGGAGAACCUCGAUGGCUCAGAAUUAGACGGAUGGGAUGAACGUCUGGAGACCGCGACCGGCCCAAUCCUUGACGACGAGUUAAGGACUGAACUCGUCGAUAAACUGUGCCCUGGGAGCCAACUUAUUGCUGUAUUUGAUGCCUGUCAUUCGGCAACAUUAUUAGAUCUUCCUCAUGUUGGAUGCCACGGGUUCAAUGCGAACGAAAUUCUUGAGGAAGAUGUACGAGUUCCCACCCCUACGACCAUCUUCGGACAACGCACAAAUCUACCACCUGGGAGGGUCCGGGGUGCCACUUUCUCAUUGAAAAAGCCCCAUCUUACAUUGGACACUUCUUUUUCAAGGCCCACAGCAAUAUCCACCUCUAUGACGUCUAUCCCACCCGAUAAGACUGAGAUUUUCCCUACACUGGCAGGCCUGACGUAUCUAUCCAUUGAUGAGAAGGCCAAAGAAGAAGACAUAGUUAACGGUCCAUCCAGUGCGGCCUUCUACGGACACCGGUGCUACAAUUGCCCUUUUCCUCGGCAGGAUAACGUAUCAGGGUCCGACCUACCGAGAGUGCUUGCCAUCUCAGCAUGCAAAGAUUCUCAAGUCUCUUACGAGGAUGAACGAGGGAACGGGAUGACCGUGGCCUUAUGCGACUACCUAAACGCCAACCCAGACCAUUCACUGAAUCGACUUUUCAAUGGUGUCAGCUUCAAAUUAUUCAAACCUGCCUUUGACCGAGUCAAGUCUGAUGAAUGGAACAAAUAUGUCCAUCAGAAUGGAGGCGGUUUUCCCAACGCGUAUCAACAGCUAUCGAUCUCAAGCCUUCAACGUCUGAAUCCAGAUUACAAAAUCACUUUGUGA